AUGGGCGAUCGUUUAACGCAACUUCAAGAUGCUGUAGACCAGCUGGCGCAACAGUUUGUCGCAUGUCUGCACUAUGUAAACAAGCGCCAUGACCUUGAAAUCCUUGGUCCCAAUGACAAGGUCCGCGAAGUUAAGGAUAUUCCGCCAGAAGUCGAUUCCUUGCCUCCUGAUGAGUUUCGUGCUGGCAUGGUAGAGCUAUCUCAAGAUCUUAUUGUGAAAGAACAGCAGAUCGAGGUCCUUAUCUCGUCACUUCCUGGUCUAGACAACAGUGAGAUGGACCAAGAGCGAUACAUCAAGGAGCUCGAAGAGGACCUAAAGGUCGCCGAAGCCCAACGCCAGGAAGCCAUCAAAGAAAAGGAUCAAAUACUGUCUGAACUGGACGGUGUGAUUCGCAGCAUCCGAAGACCUUGA